AACACGGACAAAUAACGGAUGAAACACGGUGCGCUCUUUACUCAAUAAUCUCACCAUAACCCCCAUCACUUAUCAAAUAAAUACCAUACUCUUUCUGCUGCGCUUCAACUUUGAUAGUGAUUCUCCACUAGAUGCUUGAAACUUUUCCAAAUAAUGUCUGAAAUACAACUUCCCUCUCACAACGAAAAAAUUGUUUUUAAGGACCAUUCAAUUCUUCCUUAUUUCACCAACGAGGACUUCUCUCACUACCUCAAUGAGGAUGCUACUUUAAAGAACGAUGAUUUCUUAUUGAUACAGGUUCAUUCGGUUGGUUUGAAUCCCAUUGAUGCUAUGAUGUACAAUGUUUCAACAAAAUUGCUAACUGGUUGUUCUAAUAAGGGGCUCGGUAGAGAUUUCUCUGGAACAAUUGUCAAAACUGGAAAAAACGUCAAAGAUUUCCAAUAUGGCGACAAUGUUUGUGGAACUUUAGUUGAUAUGUAUUCUCCAAUUGGCUCUUUAAGCAAAUACAUUUACAUUGAUUACAAUAAAAUCAAAAAAGUACUCCUUAAAUUCGAUCAUGAAAAAUUGACUUAUGAUCAGGCUUCAUCAUGGCCUAUUGUUUUGACAACAGCAUAUGAUGGUAUUUUUAGGUGUAAAAAUUUGAAAUUAGACUCAAAUUCGAACGUCUUAGUAAUUGGUGGUGGCACAUCCGUUGGUAUGCUAGCAAUUCAAAUUUGCAAAAAAAUUUUAAAUUGUCAAAAUAUUGUCACAGUUUGUUCAAGUAAAUCAAAUGAACUUGUUAAUAAUUUCGGUGCAACGAAAACAAUUGAUUACACCGCUGUUGAUGAUAUUUUAAAUCCAAUUUUAGAUCUAAAUUUAAAAUUUGAUUUAAUCUUUGAUUGUGUUGGGAAUAAUAAUUUGCUACUGCAUUUACCAACUUUGCUAAAUGAUCCUUUGAAAACCAAUGCAACUUAUGUAACAAUUGUUGGUGAUAAUAAAUAUAACUAUAGAGAUGCUGCUUUUUUUGGUUUAAUUAAAACUAUGAUUAUUUGUUCAUUAAGACAAGCUCUCUGUCGAACAAAAUUGUAUGGUGGUUAUAAUUAUAGACUAUUGUUCGUUGACGUCAGCCAUGAAGAAUUUGAAAAAUGUUUAAAAUGGCUAGAAGAUAAAACCCUUUUGCUUCCAAUUGAUUCAACUUACGCUUGGAAGAAAUUCCCCGAUGCCUUUGAAAGACUUAUAAGUAAUAAAGCCAAGGGGAAGGUUAUAGUUGAAGUAGAUAACUAAACUAAAUUUAAAGCGAUUCUUAUUGUAUUUCUGUUAUUUGGACUUUUUUGAUUCUUCAACAACUUUUUCUUAUAUAGUUUAAUCAAUGAACAAUUAAUUUAAAACCAGA